AUGUAUCGGUGUGACCGUGUUUCUGCUGUGCCACGAAGCGUCAAAAAAUCCAUGGAUCUGAGCGACUUCUACGAGAAAUAUACGCAUGCAUACGGAGUUCCUAUUAUCUCUUCCAAGGAAGUCCCAGAUAAAGCAAUCCGACGAGCAUGUUACGUUGUACAAGUUAUGCUUGCUGACCGUCAGGACAUCAGGGAUAGUGUCUACAAUUCGUAUGGCCGGAUAGGAAUCAUUGGUUUUCUACAGAAUACGACAGACGUACCUGAACACGACUUUCUAGAUGAAUAUUACAAUACCAGAGCACGUGGUCUUGGUGGAACUAUGUAUGCGCCGAUAUCUACAGCUGGAGAAGAAAACAUUCUCUGCUAUCCAAAAGAUUCUUACCACGAUGAAGACAUCCUCGUUCACGAAUUCGCUCACGGCAUCCAUCGACUAGGUUUAGAACCUAUCGAUGACACUUUUACCCCGAAAUUGUUGGCUUCGUUCGAGGACGCGAGAAACCGUGGUCUAUGGAACCAUACUUACGCAGCUACCAAUUCUCAAGAGUAUUUAGCAAAAGGAGUACAGAUUUACUUCAAUGUUAACGGUGUUCCAUUCAAAGGUAUUGAUAACCAGGUGAACACUAGGGCUAAACUUAGAAGAUACGAUAGAAAGUUAUACAAACUCGUGAGAGAAAUAUUCCCAUGUGGCAAUGAGAUUAUAGACCGGUGUUUCCAUGCAGAGUGUUCUGACCAAGAUGUCGAAGAAAAUUGUAGAAUUUGGAAAGGCGACAAUGAAUGUGAAACGAAUCCUAAAUAUAUGAUUACCCACUGCAAACGAACUUGUAAUAUAUGUGAUUUUGGAGGACGUGGAUACCCUGGUGACAAACCUCACAUGAACUGUCAGUCCGAUCAAAAUUCUACUCCGCAACUCAAGCUAAACAAAGUAAAGAAAGUCAACAACAAGAAAUCAAAGAACCGUAAAAAUAAUCUAACGAAGGCAUCCGAUACUUUCAAAGAAGUUUCAAAUACCAUCAAAUUAAGUAACAAAUUAGAACAUCAACAAGGCCAAACAGGUAAGCCACAGCGACGUUAA